UUUCAAAUCGCACAUCGGCGAGGACAUCGCCUCUCUCUUUUGCUUACUUCGCUAUAAACCCUAAACUUUUAGGAAAUGGCAGAAGAAAAUUUUGUUGGACAAGAGACCGAAGUGAUGCCUGAAAACUCUGUUCCUGUAGAAGUUGAAGUGUCUGAGAAUGAAGAAAGCGAUGAGGUAGUAGAAACUGAAAUUACUGAGAAGGAGCAAGGAGAUGCUGCCAUGGAAAUCCCUGCAGAAAAGAAAUGGCCUGGAUGGCCUGGAGAGAAUGUUUUUAGGUUGUUGGUCCCUGUGCACAAGGUUGGCACCAUAAUUGGUCGCAAGGGAGAGUACAUAAAGAAAACCUGUGAAGAAACAAAGGCCCGCAUCAAGAUUCUUGAUGGGCCUCCUGGAACUAUGGAAAGAUGUGUCUUGAUUUCUGCAAAAGAAGAACCAGAGGCUUCAAUUCCUCCUGCAAUGGACGGUUUACUGAAAAUCCAUAAACGGGUAACGGAUGUGGAUGCUGAUCCUACUCAUCCGCCAGCUGGAGGUACAAUCAGCACAAGGCUACUUGUGGCUGCCACACAAGCGGGGAACUUGAUUGGAAAGCAGGGUGCCACCAUAAAAACCAUCCAAGAUUCUUCCGGUUGUGUAAUUCGAGUACUCGGACAAGAAAACCUCCCUGUAAUUGCUCUGCCUGAUGAUAGUGUUGUGGAGGUGCAAGGGGAACGUGAAGGUGUACACAAGGCGGUUGAACUCAUUGCUUCACAUUUAAGAAAGUUUUUAGUUGACCGCAGUGUUAUCGGGAUAUUUGAAAAACAAAUGCAAAUGCCAAGUGGCAGGGCAAACCAGGAGAUGGCGGCUCCCCAACCAUGGGCGGCACCACCACCGGCUCAAAAUUUUCCAGGUGGUGGGCCGGGAUACAGACCAGCCCAAUUCAUGCCACCUCAGCAUCAGUUUGACAACUACUAUCCACCUCCAGCAAUGGAUAACCAGCCUCCCCGGCAGCUUCCGCCAUCAUAUGGCAGGGACACCGCCAGUAUGGGUAUGCAUAUGCCGCCACAGGAGUUGAUGGUGAGUAAGGUGUCACAGAACAUGCAGGUUCCGCUGACAUAUGCGGAUGCGGUUAUCGGGACAUCGGGAGCUAAUAUAAGUUAUAUACGGCGUGCAAGUGGGGCCACGAUUGCCAUUCAAGAAUCUCGCGGGAAUCCCGAUGAAAUGACGGUUGAGAUUAAUGGAUCCGCUUCACAGGUUCAGACAGCUCAGCAGUUGAUUCAUAACUUCAUGGCUGAUGCUGCACAGAACCCAACUGCUGGUGCUGGUGCUGCUGCUGCACCACCACUGGUGGUGGCUACUAGCCAAGCUGGCGGCGGUGGGUAUAACCAGUAUCCUGGUUACCCGUCUCAGCCUGCGCCACCUGGACAUCCACCUGCUGGUGGUGGAGAUUAUGGCAGUGCCCCCAUGUAUGGGGGCAGUUAUGGUUAUUAAAAGGCGGUUACAGUUUCUGUUGUAUCCAAGAUGCCUUGUUUUGUUUAGAUACUCGGUUGGCUAUUUGAUGAUUUGAUAAUACUGAAUACAAAGUGUUCGUUUUUUUUUUUUUUUACUUCUGUAGUAGAUUAUUUAGUGUGAUUUUGUUUGAACGAUGGUUUUCUGUUUUUGGGCA